UUUCUGUUCAAGUUCAAGAUCAAAUUGUUUAAUUGAGAUGUCGCCACUUAUACACCUAAAACUGCACUUUUGUGUAAAAUAGGAAGCUAGUAGUUCAGUAGUAGUCCAUUAUCAAUAUUAGAUAAACUGUAAGUUUGAUAUUGAGGUGAGGGCUACACUAUAAGAAUGUUGAAAUGAAUUACACUGGCAACAACUGUAGUUGAUCCGUGCUGUAAUGGACCAGCUUCUUGUCAAAACAGGAAAUCCAAAAGGGGGCUGAAAGGGAGGGCAGAAAGUAUAAGCCUAUUUGAAGUGUAGUUUGCUGGAGUUCCUUGUUGUUCUGCUUUGACCUUCCUGGCUGUAAAAACAAAGUCUGCAGAUGCCGGGGCCAGCUGUUAGAGGACACAGAAUGGAGAUAUUUUCAUCCCUUCACCGCAGCACAUCGGAAAAACUUUGCCCCUGCUUAUCAAAGUUGUUUUCUUUUAGGGAGAGAUUCUACCUCGCAAGCCUAACAGACCCGGGCUUUGUCGCGUUCCUGUUCAACAAGCUCCAGCGUCUCCAGUGGCGCCACUUGGGCAGGCGUGCUAAAGGGGACAGCCUGUGUCAGGUCUGUGGAACCGCACUCCACCAGCUGAGACGCCUGGCCCUGCAGAAAGCCCUGGCCCUCACCGGAGACAUGCCCGACCCACAGUCCGGACCCAUCUCCUCGGCGCCGCCCCGGCGCUCUCCCACGUUCCAGGACUGGUCUGCGGAUGACCCGCCGGCCAAGCAGCCGGCCCGGCUGUACGACGACCGGAUUCCCGGGGAGAGGGGCGAACGGUCCCAGGGGGGACCUCCUCGCUGGGGCGGGGCCCAGAGCAGCUACGCGGCCGGGUCCAAGGCCGCCGGCCUGGCUACGGUGACCCCGGUGCCCACGCACGCACAGCACUACCUGGAGGGCGUGUGGAGAGUGUCCCGCGGCAGGAGGGAUCACCGACCACAUUCUACAACGACUCCAGGCUUGGGCCCUGAUGUGGAUAGAGAAUACAUGUCCCCCGAGAGUACCAUCUACGACUACGCUGCCAUCCCUCCAACCGUCCCACAGCCCCAGCCCACCUCCACCCAGUCCAGCCACACACCCUCCACCGCGGCCGCCUUCUUCAUCAGGGCCGCCCAGAAGCUCAGCCUGUCGUCCAAGAGGAAGAAACCCCAGCAGCCCCCGUCCCCGCCGGAGCCCGCGGAGCCUCUGGUUUACACGGGCGGCUUCAGCGGCGCCCUGCAGCUGUCACCUCCGGCCGUGCCACCAUGCCUCCUUCGGGCCAGGUCAAAGGUCAAGGACAGCCCGGGGAUGGGAAAGGUCAAAGUGAUGGUGCGCAUCUGCGCUGCCCAGGGCUCCAGUGACACUUCAGAGUCCCGGUCGUUCCUAAAAGUGGACGCACGCAAGAAGCAGCUCACGCUUUGCGAAACGCCUGCGAACAGCCACUCCAGUGCAGCCCAGAGGCGUGCCGCAGCCGCUGCCCCAAAGAUGUUCGCCUUCGAUGCAGUCUUUUCCCAGGACGCCUCACAAGCUGAGGUGUGCUCGGGUACAGUAGCGGAAGUCAUUCAGUCGGUGGUGAACGGUGCGGAUGGCUGCAUCUUCUGCUUCGGCCAUGCAAACCUGGGUAAAACGUACACCAUGAUUGGUCGAGACUGCUCCACACAGAGCCUGGGCGUGGCCCCGUGUGCCAUCUCCUGGCUCUUCAAGCUCAUCGAGGAGCGCAAGGAGAAGGCCGGGGCACGCUUCUCAGUCCAUGUGUCCGCCGUGGAGAUCUCCGGCCGGGAUGAGGCCCUGACCGACCUGCUGUCCGACGCCUCCUUGGGCAGCCUGCAGGACGGCCAGUCCCCAGGCGUGUUCCUGCGCGAGGACCCUGUCUGCGGAUCGCAGCUCCAGAACCAGAGUGAGUUGCGCGCGGCCACUGCAGAGCGGGCGGCCUACUUCCUGGACGCGGCGCUGGCGGCCCGGAGCACCAGUCGCCCUCAAUGCGACGAGGAGGGGAGGAGGAACUCCCACGUGCUCUUCACCCUCCAUGUGUACCAGUACUGCAUGGAGAAGAGUGCCAAAGGAGGAAUGUCUGGUGGUCGUAGUCGUCUACACCUGCUGGAUCUGGGCAGCUGUGAGACAGACCUGAGCAGGACCAGGGAAGGUGGUGGUGGCCAGUGUCUGUCUCUGUCUGCUCUGGGAAACGUCAUCCUCGCCCUGGCCAACGGGGCAAAGCAUGUCCCCUACAGGGAUAGCAAGCUCACCAUGUUGCUGAGGGAAUCUCUGGGCAACAUCAACUGCCGAACCACCAUGAUAGCACACAUCUCCGACUCACCAACCAAAUACAUGGAGACUCUCACCACCGUGCAGCUAGCCUCUCGCAUUCACCGCAUGCGGAAGAAGAAAUCCAAGUAUGCGUCCAGCUCCUCCGGAGGGGACAGUUCCUGCGAGGAGGGACGAAUCCGCAAACCACAUUUAAGACCCUUUCACACGCGAACCAUGGCCCUUGACCCGGAUAUGCCCACCUUGCUGUCCAGCGACCCGGACUACUCGUCCAGCAGUGAGCACUCCUGUGACACGGUCAUCUACAUCGGGCCUGGCGGUGCCACCAUUUCGGACAGAGAGCUCAGUGACAACGAGGGCCCGCCGUCCUUUGUUCCCAUCAUUCCCUCGCUGAACCGGAAACGCGGCAAAGACACUCAACGGUCGGAGGGGGAAUACUUCAAGUGCAACACCUUUGCGGAGCUCCAAGAGAGACUUGAGUGCAUUGAUGGCAGUGAGGGCCCAGCUGCCUUCACUGCAGAGGGCAAAGAAACAGCCCUGAAAAAUGAAGGUGGACCCUCCAGAAGCCCGGAGGAGUCUGCGUCCCUGAAAACUGUUAAACCUCCUACCCAAAAGUCCAACAUUGUCACAACAACCUCUAACACAGCUCAAGGUAAGUCUGAGAGGGAACAUUUCAAACUGUCCUCGGAUGUGGGCGUCUUGGAGAAUCACAAACGGACUAGUGCGGACGGGGAGAAGGUUGUGGCCAGUGUGAUUAAGCCGGGCAGGGUUUUGUCAAAUGACUCCGACCCAGUGGUGCGUGAGAAGGUCUACCUCAACAAAGGACCAACUUUGCCCAAACCCUUUGACUCUCCCUCUUUGCCAAGAUCUUCCAGAGCACCCUCCGAGAGCCUAGACGCCCUCUGCCGGGCACCCCCUGUGGGCAUGAGUCAGCAGGCCCUAGGGCAGGGGCCACCUGGGGGAUCCCUGGUCCUGGAGAGGGGCCAACAUGGCAGGGGUCCCAUGCAGGUGAGCCAUCUGCGGGCAGCCCUCAGAGGGAGGUGCUUGGAGAGAGACGUGUUAAGGACCACAAUCACCCUGCAACAGCCUGUGGAGCUGAAUGGGGAAGAUGAGCUGGUGUUCACCGUGGUGGAGGACCUGCACAUAGGCCUUGUCCCGGACAACGGGCGUCCAUCCAGCAUCAUCGGUUUCAACAGUGACUGCUCCCGCCAGGCCCUGGGCUCGGGCUCCCGUCCCGUGAGCAUCAUCAGCAGCAUCAAUGACGAGUACGACGCCUACACGGCUCAAGAGGGUGCAUCUGGGUUAAGCUCUGAGCUGACCACUGCCUUGCAGGAGGACCUAUUUGUCCACCACGGUAGUGGACAAUCUUCCAUUGGUUCUUGGCCGCGCAAGGCGAGCGUGUGCUCCCUGGAGAGCGAAGGCGGCGAAGUCACAGGUAAAUUCCUACAGAGGGCUAAGGGCAUGGCACCCGAAAGUGCAUCUGUUUUGUCCUCUCCUGGUAUAUUCCGUAGGGAACCGUUCUUGCAGCAUGGUGCUAAGAGCUCCCUAAAUGACAGUGGCGUCUGCUUCUCUGACUUGGAGAGUGACCCUGUCACACCAAGCAAGCUCUCCCUGACAAAGUGCCCACCGUCUCCUGACUCUACCAAAGCAUCUCUCAGAGGGUCCAAAGUGAGAGCGAACACUCUGAACACCUCGGCAUCUUCUCAGAUCCCGCACCGCGACGUCCACUCCAGUCUUCCCAGGAAAACCAAGCCUACCUCAUCGGUCGCACCAAGUUGUAGCAGGCAGGAGGGUAAGCCAGAUGACCUCUGGUUGCGAGGGUGUGGUCAUUCGGAUCCCAGAAGUAGCACUAGUGGCAUCCCUUCCAGAAAACCGGGAGGAAACAGCAACAGUGUGCCUCGACCACCAAAGGCACAGGCAUCCUUUUCAACUCAGAGGUUAGUUGACGGCUGUGAGAAGUCCAACUAUAAGAAAGCAGAGAGCAUGAGCAGGAUGCCACAGCUCAGGCGAGGUGCCACCACUCUUGGUGCAGUCUCAGUCCCCCAUAGUUCCCCUGAAUCAAAAUGGGGACGCGACAGCAAUUCUGGAACUGGCAGUCUGAGAUUCUCCUCUUUGGGGAAGAAGGCAAAUGGACAGAAAAGCAGCAUGCUUCCAAAAUCUGGCUCCGGGAGCAUCUCUCCUCCUGCACCACCUGUUCGCAAAUCAAGCCUUGAUCAAAAGACAAAAAUAGUCUUAUCUCCUAGUGCCUUAAAGGCAGCCAGCGAUGCUGCGAGGUUCCAAUUGCCUAAAACAUCAGUCUCUGUGGAGGAAAUCGAUGUCCAGUAUGGAAGGGAUUUGUUUAGUUACAAAACUGCGAGCUUGAAAGCUGACCGUGGCUCGGCCAAGACAGCGUCAAGCCUGAAGUCACGAGGAGCCAAAGGGGAUUCUGCAAGGUACUAUGGUAGCCUGAUGUCCUUAGAGAGAUGCGAUAGCCUAACCUCAGUGGGGUCUAAACCUGGCCUGUCUAGAGAGAAUAGUGGCACUAACUUAGGGGGCAAUGGGAAAUCAAAUAGAUCACUGUCAAGACUUGGGGUCCCCACCUCUACUACUUCCCUGCCCACGGCUUCCUCUCCGCCUUUCUCCACCUCUGGGAUGACAAAUAAGUUAGGACAGCUUAAAACGAAUACAAACGCCAGGACCGUGAUUGCGAGUGGCUCAAAGACUCGAACGUUGGCUGCCAGCAGCUCCAAGACUGUCGGCUCCUCUAGCAAAUCCCUCGACUCUCCAACUGCACGCAAUGCCAACUUACCACCAACUGGAAAGAAUCCGGCUGGUCCUGUGAUGGGGUCCAAUGGCAAGCCCGGCAGGGGCACAAUCAUGGGCACGAAGCAGGCAAUCCGAGCUGCCAACAGCCGUGUUAGCGAGCUUGUGGCCGGAAGCCCGAGGAAACACCCCAACCGUGGUCCAGAGGCCCCGGGGGAUGACGGCGACGACAGCGGGACCAGCUCGAGUGGGUCCCCCGCCGGCACGCCGAUACCCUCACCCUAUAGCAAGAUCACGGCCCCGCGGAGGCCCCAGCGUUACAGCAGCGGACACGGCAGCGACAACAGCAGCGUGCUCAGCGGGGAGCUGCCGCCUGCCAUGGGGCGCACCGCGCUCUUCUACCACAGCGGGGGCAGCAGCGGGUACGAGAGCAUGAUUCGGGACAGCGAGACAACGGGCAGUGCAUCUUCAGCCCAUGACUCCAUGAGCGAGAGCGGGGUGUCCGCGUCCAACAGGAGCAGAGUGUCUAAGUCACCCAAGAAGAGAGGGAACGGGCUCCAGCGCCGCCGCCUCAUCCCCACUCCCCUGCCGGACACCUCCUCCCUGGGCAGAAAGGCUGGCAUCCCCGGCCAGUGGGUGGAUAUGCCCCCGUUGGGCGGGACCCUGAAGGAGUCCUUUGAGAUCAAGGUUUAUGAGAUUGACGACGUGGAGCGGCUUCAGAGGGGACGAGAGGGCGCCUCGGGGUCAGAGGGCCUGCUGUACUUCAACGCCCGGCUGAGGAUGCUCGAGAAGAGGCAGCAGCACAUCAGGGAGCUGAGGGCCAAGUACGAGAGGUUGAAGGGAGAGCUGGAGCAUGCCAAGUGCAGGCUAAUGCUGGACCCCACCAAAUGGACUGGGGAGUUCGAGGUGGACACGGAUCUGGACAAGGAGUCCCAGGAGUACCUUGAGGCUUUGGAGCAGGCAACUGGCGAGUUGGAGUACUGUGUCAACCUAUGCAAGUCACGCAUCAUGAUGGAGACCUGCUUUGACAUUGUGGUUCCGGGAACCAGCGCCACACAAGCGGGGCAACAGAGAGGAGGAGUGGAGGUGUAAGAAAGCCAGAGCAUGUGAAAGACCGGUGGAAGCCGAAAUGAAACGGCAGCAGAGCCAAACAUUGGGUUUCUCCAAAAAGAAAAGUCUCUUGUGACAAAGCCUGAGAGAAUGAUGAUCAAAUCAAAUGAGGGAAGAAGGCAGAUGUGGCAGGAUGUGGAGAAAAUAAAGGCUUAGACGAGAAUGUACUUGUACAGUAGAGAAACCUUUGCUUUCAUCAGAGUUCAAUUAAAAGGAACUUUGGACAAACUUUGUGUGUUCUGUUUGGGAGGAAGUAUAGUUGGAAAAACCGAGGACAACCAAACACUUUUUGUCACUGUCACCAGGAUGUGCCUUGAUUUGACUGAUUCCAAGGAAAUAUUUAUUUGUAUUUUUUUUGGGAUCGGUGCUAGUCUUAAAAAACAGCAUACCUGAGCAAACUCUUCACGUAUUCCUUAUGAGAAAAAAUUUAUUUUGUAAUGUCAUGCUGUACAGUGUAUUUAUAUGAUUACAAAGUAUGUAAAAAGUAUCUUUUUUGGUAUGAGAUUAAAAAAAACAUGAAUAAAAUGAGAAAAAAAAGCAAUAAGUUGAUCGUUAUUGCAUACCUUUAACAAACCUAUAACAAACCUUUGCCUUUUUUUGGUUUAGAAAAAACAUGCCUUUCAACGCCAGCAGAGAGACGUUUUGUUGGCCUUUGAGUUUCCAGUGGGUUAGAACAAACGGUACAAAAACAUUUAUACCUCCUGCCAAUGGCUGCAAUACUAGAAGGCUGUGUCAGGAUUGAUCUGAGCUCAGAGUUGGCUGAUUUAUAAACUCAGUUGCUGUCAAUUAUGCAGAAACAUUUACAAUCUGUAUGGAAAGGCCGCUCAUGGUUACGGUGAUCUGGUGGGAUUACGAUCUGCAAACAGACAGAGACAGGGAGAGAGGGACAUUUCCCUGAGGUCUUUGCAGUGGUGUUUCACCUUUUAGAGCCUGAGUGAUGUGACCGUUGGCAGUUCGUAAAUCAGGGCUCGUGCCAGUUGCCAAGUGCCCGAGACCUGAUCCACCGGGGCAGUUCUGCAUGUGUUGUUAAAAGGAAGUGUAGAGAAUCCAUGCCAAGAUUUGUGUAGACAAUUUUGUUUAUUUCCACCGGCCUGCUGUGUUGUGAUCUACUGCAAUGAGAUUCCAGUCAAUACAAAUACUCUAUUUGUUUUGAAUCUGCAGCUUUUCGCAGAUAUGUGAAUUCACCAAUCGUCUCCCUCCUACCGAGUCCUUUUCAAAACUGUAUUGGAAAUGGAAUUGACUCAAAUCCACCCCAGACAUUUAUAAUGGACGUGUGCACGUGAGAACCCCCAAAAUGUGUCAGAGCCCUGAAAUGUAUGACUAAACAAGUAUCAAUCAAGUGGCUACGAAAAGGACACAGAACGAUGUCAGUUCAAGAGUUAGAGGGAAGAAGCCAAAAUGGUGAUAAGCCAACUGCCAGAGGAAAUACUGACUCUGACUAUGCAGUCCGUCCCAUCAGUGCCCAUCAGUGUGCAGUGAACCGAAUACCAUAAGUACAUAGUUUAUUUGUUCCAUUCCGGGUAGACGGUGCACUGUGUCCUGUUCUCCUGUAAUAUCUGUCCUGAAAGCUAAGUGCUUAUCUUGAAUGCUACCCUGGACCUCACGGAAGAGCUCCAGGAUGUCUCUGAGAACUUCUCCUGAGAGUCAGUGGAAUGUGUGAUCCGUCAGUUGGCGUCGACGCAUUUCACUUCCUGCUUCAAUGUCAAGGAAUCAACAAACAUUUACCUCUGUUGAUGUUUGCUGUUUUUUCUUCAUGUUGCAUACACAUGUCCAUGUCCAACAGUCUGAUGAAAUGUAAAAGUUUUUUGUCCUACUGUGAAGGAAUUUUCUCAGGCCUGUUUUUGUUGCUGCAUGACAUCUUCUGUUAUCCUUUCUGUAACAUAUUGUUAUUUUAUAUGGUGGUCUUUCAUUUUUCCGUACCAGUAAAAAAAAAUGUUUUG